AUGUCGGGAUUCGAAGUGGCAGGGUUGGUACUGGGAGCAAUCCCACUGCUCAUCAGUGGUUUAGAGCAUUAUGCGGAAGGCGUCGCGGUUAUGAAGAACAUGAAGCAGUACGAUUCUGUCUUCGCGGAUAUCAAUAGCUCAUUUGCGGUUUCAAUAGGCAUCUACACGGAGUCGUGUUAUAAUCUACUUGCUCCUCUGAGCCUGCCCGAUGCCCAGAUGAAAACCUUGCUGAUGGAAGAAGACGGCGAGAAAAUGCAGAAGGCCUGGAAAGACAUCGAUCUCCAGCAGAAUCUGACGAAACGACUGGGUCCUCAUUGCAAAACAUACCUGUCCUUUGUCGUCAAUCCACCCUGGGUGUCAAAGGACGGCACGGUUGAUGAGAACGCCCGUAAUAGAUUCUUCAGCAGCGCCUGGGUCCGCAUUAGAGGAGGUUUCGAGUCAAACAAGUGCGCCCUUCUGCUGCAAGAAAUCGACCGAGACAUCUCAAAAAUCGCUCAACUUACCAGUCUCACCGCGCAGGUCGAGCCCCUUCGAUUGAUCCGGAAACGUCGGAUGAAAGCAAGGGUUUGGGCCAACAUUCGAGACAGCGCCCAGAGUCUUUCCGAGCUCUUAUGCCUACGAUGGCCCAGCCUAUGUUCGUGCCAAUAUUCCCACAGAGCUAAUAUGCUCUUGAAGGCACAAGGAGACGAUGAUGCUGAUGUAGACGACGAAAAUGAGCAAAGCCACUUCGAAUUGCUCCUUGUGUUUGACCAAGUCGCUGCUUCAGCACCGCCCGUGCCAUGCAGAUGGCAAGACGUAGAGAUUGAAUCGUCGGGUCUUGCGCAAACUGCGUAA